UAGUGGGGGCGGGGAUGUAGGACCGAAACUAGGAAUUUGCUCACUGCUGUCUUGUACUCUUCCGUUGACACUGAGCGUGGGGUGUGCGUGCCAUAUGUAAUUACGUAUCAUUAGGAGCGCACUGCGCACAUCUGGUCCAGCAGGGCCGGAGAAAAGAAUUCAGUCUUUCCGUUCUUCACUCGGAGAUGGAAUGUGAAUGGAUGAAGAUUUGAUGAUGACGGAGAUGCUGAGUAGACCUUCUGGCGAUCUCGAUCUAGAUUCGUUUCUGCAGAUACAUAGCAGCAGCGAUGACGACGACCUCAGUGGUGUCCCCCAUCGCACCGUCGAUGAAAUCCUAAACGACUCUGAUUCAUCAUCUUCUUCUUCGUCAACCUUGUUCGACAGUGCCGCGUUUCGUCGCGGACGCUUUUCCAAUAUCCCAACAUCUGGAAACAAUUUAAGUUCAUUUCCGAAAGAGGAGAGUCAGAUUCAUGACGAUGACGCUUCGGUAUGCAGUCAUGAAUCCCUUUCAGUUUCCCGAAUUUCGAUAGUUGACGAAACCCUAAAAUCCCGAGAAGCCCUAAACUCUGCACAGUUGGAGGAGAAAUCUAUUGAUUCGAAUACGAGUUCUCUUAGACGAAUAAGAUCUGAUGAACCUUCUGGUAAUACGUUCUCCUUGGGUCGGAGUGCUUCCCGCCCCUUUUCUCCCCUGUUCGGUGGAGUUAAAGCAAACCCUAAGCCUGGAGCUGCCCUGGCUGCUGCUGCGGCCGCUUCACGUUCUAUCCCCACUCCUCAUGCAGCUGCGAUCAAGUCGAGAAGAGCGAGCAGUAGUAUUCAGCGGAAACUUCUUCAUACUGAAGAAUUAGAUAAUUCAGUUGGUGAGUUGAACACUUUUUUAGAUGGAAAUGCCCAUGUUGACGAGCCGUCUCAUUCAGGCGGUGCUUGCGAUGGUUUUGGAUCUGGAAUUAUUCUGGUAGGUAGGAAAUUAAGCGAGGAAGAUGAAAAAGUGAGAAAAUUUCCAUCUUCCAGUGCAGAAUCAAUAGUGCUGGAAUUCUGUGGAGGAGAUGAAGUUACAGAAAAUUCACAUGAGAGUAAUGAAGUUUCCUGUCUUAAAGAUAUGCAAAUUGAACGGGCGCAAGCUUCGGAAUCAGAUGGAACUGGAUUACUUUCCCAGGAAAAUUUAUCGAAUCUCAAUUCUUCCACUUCCACAAGCAUUGUUGAACCACAGGCCACUUCACCUAUUGGGACUGCUGAGGUUCUCGAUACGGAUGAGAAAUCUGAAAUUUCAAAUUCAACUAAUAUUAAAAAAGAGAACCAUCCUUCUUUUUCUACAAACGAGAAUGCUCACAAGGAGGAUCUGAGUUCUAAUGUUUCAGAUUCUAUUUCUCUUGAAAAGGAUAUUCCUUCUUCCCCUAGAUACGAGAAAGCUAAAAGACUGCAAGAUGAUUUAGUAGUUCAGGGACUGGGAAUACACGAUUCAGAGAAGAGUGUGUCAUCCGAUACCAAAGAUGGAGAAGUCAGUUUUGUGGGUGAUGAUACCAGUUCAAGAAGUGGCAUUACUGAGCUUGUUGAAGAUAAAUUUCUUCAAUUGGAGAGCAAGAGGGUAAGUAAAAAAACAGCAAAGAAAUUGCGGCCCUCUAAGAAGCCACUAGAACUAGCUGAGGAACUUGAGAAAAAGCAUGCUUCUUCUGGUUUGCAUUGGGAAGAGGGAGCUGCUGCCCAGCCAAUGAGGCUAGAAGGUAUUCGAAGGGGCCCACCUGCAGUUGGUUAUUUGCAUAUUGAUCCUGACAAUGCAAUUACACGAGCCAUUUCGUCUCAGGCAUUCAGGCGUGACCAUGGUUCUCCACAAGUUCUAGCCGUUCAUGCCAACUUCAUUGCCGUGGGCAUGUCUAAAGGAGUUAUUAUUGUCGUUCCCAGUAAAUAUUCUGCUCAUAGUGCUGAUAAUAUGGAUUAUAAGAUGUCCAUACUUGGUGCUCAUGGUGAAAAAUCUCAUUCCCCUGUAACUUCUAUGUGCUUCAAUCAGCAAGGGGACCUGCUAUUGGCAGGAUAUGGUGAUGGUCAUAUAACUGUUUGGGAUGUUCAGAGGGAAGCAGUAGCAAAAGUAAUCACAGGGGGACAUACAGCACCAGUUGUACAUACACUAUUUCUAGGGCAAGAUUCUCAAGUUACACGUCAGUUUAAAGCAGUUACUGGUGAUUGCAAAGGUCUUGUUCUUUUACAUGCUUUCUCAGUGUUUCCCUUGUUUAAUAAGAUCACCAUCAAAACACAGUGCCUUCUUGAUGGGCAAAGAACAGGUACUGUACUUACUGCGUCUCCUCUUCUGCUUUAUGAAUCCCAUGAGGGUAAUCCAAUAUCUGCACAAGGAAAUGCUACGACUUCUGCCAGUGGUAUUGGUAGCAUGAUGGGGGGUGUCGUAGGAGGUGUAGUUGGGGGAGAAGCUGGUUGGAAAAUCUUAAGUGAAGGGUCUUCUUUGGUUGAUGAAGGUGUGGUCAUAUUUGUCACCCAUCAAACUGCUCUGGUGGCAAGGCUGAGUCCAACUUUGGAGGUCUAUGCCCAACUUUCUAAGCCAGAUGGAGUUCGGGAAGGUUCUAUGCCUUAUACUGCAUGGAAAUGUAUGACACAACCCCAGGGUUCCUCCACUGAAAGUUUUCCUGGGGAGACAUUUGAGAAAGUUUCGUUGCUUGCAAUUGCAUGGGAUAGGAAGAUUCAAGUAGCAAAGUUGGUUAAAUCAGAAUUGAAAAUAUACAAGGAAUGGACACUUGACAGUGUAGCAAUUGGUGUGCAGUGGUUGGAUGAUCAGAUGUUGGUAGUUCUGACACUGAGAGGACAGCUGUGUUUGUUUGCUAAGGAAGGAACUGAAUUGCAUCGAACAAGUUUUGCUGUAGAUGGUUCUGGAGGAGUUGACAUCAUUACAUAUCAUACAUACUUCACUAAUGUUUUUGGUAACCCUGAGAAGGCGUAUCACAAUUGUGUUGCUGCAAGAGGAGCUAGCAUAUACAUGCUUGGGCCUAUGCAUCUAGUGGUUUCUCGUCUUCUUCCAUGGAAGGAACGCAUUCAGGUUCUUCGAAGGGCAGGUGACUGGAUGGGUGCACUAGACAUGGCAAUGAGGCUCUAUGAUGGCCAUGCACAUGGUGUCAUUGAUCUUCCCAGAACCUUGGAUGCCAUACAGGAGACCAUAAUGCCCUAUCUGGUGGAGUUGCUGUUAUCAUACGUAGAUGAAGUAUUUUCUUAUAUUUCAGUGGCAUUCUGCAACCAAAUUGAAAAGGUAGAACAAGUGAAUGACCCAAAGAGUAUAAGAAGCUCUGUACACUCAGAGAUGGAAGAACAAUUUGCACGUGUUGGUGGUGUUGCAGUAGAGUUUUGUGUUCAUAUAAAAAGGAUCGACAUUCUUUUUGAUGACAUCUUCUCCAAAUUUAUGGCUGUUAAACAUGGAGGUACAUUUUUGGAGCUCUUGGAGCCAUAUAUAUUGAAGGAUAUGCUUGGGUGUCUACCUCCUGAGAUUAUGCAAGCAUUGGUAGAGCACUACAGUGAAAAAGGAUGGUUGCAACGAGUUGAACAAUGUGUUCUUCAUAUGGACAUUUCUUCCUUGGACUUCAAUCAAGUAGUUAGGUUAUGCCAGGAGCAUGGAUUAUACGGUGCCUUAAUAUAUCUUUUCAAUCGAGGUUUAGAUGAUUUCAAGGCACCUUUGGAGGAGCUCUUGCAGGUUCUGCGAAAUAGCCAAGGGGAUGAUGCAGUUGCUAUUGGGUACCGAAUUCUUGUUUAUCUGAAGUAUUGCUUUUCGGGUCUUGCUUUUCCUCCAGGACAUGGUUCCAUUCCUCCCACCCGCCUACCAUCACUUAGGGCAGAACUUAUGCAAUUCCUCAUAGAGGAUUCUAAUGACUUGAAUUCAGAAGUUGUAGCAGGCACAAAAUCAUCUACUGGAACUUGCCCAAAUCUGUAUCCUCUCUUAUUGUUGGAUACUGAAGCAACUUUACAAGUUAUUAGUUGUGCUUUCUUGGAAGAAGAAGUUCCUAGAUCUGACCAUUCUUUCCAUGGAUCAGAUACUAACUCGGAGGAUGUCAAAGAAAAUGAUCCAAAGAUAGAAAGUCUGGAUUUAAUGGUCCAAAACACAGUAGACACCCUUAUUCAUAUUCUUGAUUUGGAAAUAUCUGAAGUAGAAAGAUCUUCUGGCAUUGAUGACACAGGUUACCCAGAAAUAUGGCCUUCAAAGAAGGAUAUGGCUCAUCUGCUCGAGUUCAUUGCUUACUUUGUUGCAUGUAAACAGGCUACUGUUUCAAAAAGUGUACUGAGUCAUAUCUUAGAAUACUUGACAUCAGAGAGUAGUCUCUCACUGAGCGUUCACCAUCAGAAAACUGAAACCUUGAAAAGAAGAGAGAAACAUGUUAUUGCUCUUUUGAAAGUGGUGCCUGAGACAAACUGGGAUUCAUCAUAUGUUUUACAUCUCUGUGAGAAAGCAGAAUUUCACCAGGUAUGUGGUUUAAUACAUGCUAGGAGAGGUCAGUAUAUUGCAGCUUUAGAUAGCUAUUUGAAAGAUACUGAUGAACCCAUCCAUGCCUUUUCUUUUAUCAAUGACAUGUUACGACUGCUGAGGGAUACUGAAUCGACUCAAUUUCAGUCGGCAGUAAUCUCUCGAAUUCCUGAUCUGGUUAACUUGAGCAGAGAAGGAGCAUUCUUUUUGGUCAUUGAACAUUUCAAUAAAGAAUAUCAUCAAAUCUUGGCUGGACUUCGAUCUCAUCCAAAAAGCCUGUUCCUUUAUUUAAAAACAAUCAUUGAGAUUCAUUUGGCUGGCACACUCAACUUUUCUUCUUUGGAGAAAGGAGAUAACCUAGAUGUUUCAUGUGGAAAAAGGUUGAAGGACCAUACCAAUGGACAUGAGGCUUACUUGGCAAGGAUUUCUGAUUUCCCAAAGCUUCUACGUCAAAAUCCAGUCCAUGUGACUGAUGAAAUGAUUGAACUUUAUCUUGAGCUCUUAUGCCAGUAUGAACGCCAAUCAGUUCUCAAAUUUUUGGAGACUUUUGAAAGCUAUAGGGUGGAACAUUGUUUACGCCUAUGCCAGGAAUAUGGGGUUAUAGAUGCUGCUGCUUUCUUGCUGGAAAGAGUUGGUGAUGUUGGGAGUGCAUUAUUACUUACUCUUUCUGGCCUCAAUGAAAAGUUUACCAUACUAGAUGCUGCUGUAGAAAGAAUAAUUUCUGAUAUACCUUUAAGUGGGACUACUGAGAUAGAACAGCUCAACUCUGUUUUAAGGAUGGAGGAGGUAGAUGCCAUACAUGAUAUAUUGCAAACUUCUAUUGGGUUAUGCCAACGGAAUACCCAGCGGUUGGACCCUAACGAGUCAGAGUCUCUCUGGUUCCAUCUACUUGAUUCGUUUUGUGAACCUCUGAAAGAUUCCUAUGAUAGUCAAACAGCUUCUGAAGGAGGAAAUCAUGUCAGCAUACUAGCAGCAUCAUUUGGUACAGCAGAGGAUAAAGGAGCUUCCAUGAAUAAGUGGAGGAUCUCAAAUUCCCAUAGAGGUGCUCAUGUUUUACGAAGAGUCAUUUCUCAGUUCAUCAGGAAAAUUGUUGAGGGAAUGAUUGGAUAUGUACGUCUUCCAACAAUCAUGACUAAACUUCUCUCUGAUAAUGGUGGCCAAGAGUUCGGCGAUUUUAAGCUCACGAUAUUGGGAAUGCUAGGAACAUAUGGCUUUGAGAGAAGAAUUCUGGUCACUGCUAAAUCCUUGAUUGAGGAUGAUACCUUCUAUACUAUGAGCUUGCUCAAGAAAGGAGCUUCUCAUGGCUAUGCUCCACAGAGCCUAUUAUGUUGUUUGUGCAAUUCUGUCCUUUCAAAAGAAUCCUCUUCCUCAAGCAUUCGAGUGUUCAAUUGUGGCCAUGCAACCCAUCUCCAGUGCGAAUUUCAGGAAAAUGAAGCAUUAGAAGUGGGCUCGUCAGUUGGAUGCCCUGUUUGUAUGCCUAAAAAGAAGAGCCGCCAAUCAAGAAGUAAGUCGGUCCAUGAAGAUAGUGGACUGGUCAAGAGUUCUUUAUCAAGAACUCAACAUGCACGAGGGACUACAAUUAUUCAACAUCCAUAUGAGCCUGAGGCACUAGAGAAGCCCUAUGGGCUUCAGCAAAUUUCACGGUUCGAAAUCUUGAAUAAUCUUCAGAAGGGCAAGAAAUCUGUGCAGCUUGAGAACUUACCUCAGUUGAGACUUGUACCACCUGCAAUUUAUCAUGAAAAGGUAAAGAAAGGCAUGGAUAUUUUUGCAGGGGAAAGUAGCAGUACGCCUCCAAAAGGUGAAAAACCUAGUAAAAGCAAACAAUUCAGGGAGUUGAAAAUGAAAGGAUCAACAUUACGGUUCCCUUUGAGGUCAAAUAUAUUUGUGCAGAGAAGAGGACAAAGCGGUAAAAGCGAUCAUCUAAAGACUAACCACAGGUAAAUAUGAAAAGUAAUUUAGUGGUACGUGAUAUCCAGCGAACUGUCUAUGUCCUGUGAUAGUCUAUCAGAGCCACACAACCACGUUUAACCAUGUGUUUGCCCCUCUUCUGGGUCCUUUUUUGUUCUGUAUACAUGUAUAUUUUGUAGGUUUUCGGUUAUUUAUAUUUUGGAUGCCAUGUUAUUGCAUCCUUUUUGUUA